CCACAAUGAUGAUAGCACUUAGUGCUCCCAAAAAGGCAGAAACAUGGAUUUACCUAUAUUUCUGUGAACGGGCACGGGUUAUCAGAACUCGGUCAGCUUCGGCCAUCCAAGGCUUAUAGUGGGGUCGAGCAAGCAAUUUGAAUCCGUUAACGGCAACCCAAAAAAAUUUCUACCCAUGCGAGAGAUAACUAACCGCCAACCUAUCGUUGUCGUCGCCGCCGCCGCACAGCCUCUCGCACCCUAUUCCGAAAAAACGUACCAGGAAGAAGACCGCGAUAAGAAAGUUUCUUCUGCAAUAAUAUGCAUCUCUAUAUUGGGCUUGCCCAUGUCGCUCCUCUUGAUUCUUCCAGAUUUCUGCAGGUACCCUAGACGUGGACAUCCAUACACCACUACAGGCAGAAAUGUCCAUAUCCUGUUGCGCUUGCGAACCAAUCAACUCGAGCAACCAAAUUUGCAAGCUUGGCUAGGCUACGAUAGACCUAUACAUAUGCGAUCUGCUCUAGGAGUUAACCGGGAAUCUGCUAGCAUCGUUAGGUUAUCUCUCGGGAAAGCUAUCUUUCAGCUGUCAGAUGUUAGGCCGAAACUAGAUCAACUAGAUCCAUCUAACGAACAGAAUAAGCAACGAUGCAGCCGAAGUGGUCCAUAUCAGCGUGAUCGGAGCCGAUUACUGUUGGCUUUAUUAUUUGACCUCCUGUUACGACUGCUCAACGCCGCCGACCUGUGUAAGCGUGCAUAGACCGGCUAGUGCUUAGAAAACUAUCCGGGGUUUAAAAGUGAUAAGCCUAGACAAGUGGUGCCAUUAACCUGACCAUAUUCUUAAGUUUUCAUCAUUAUUGCUUUACAAAAUAUAUUAACAGUCUCGCCGGCUUGAGCCUCAAGCUUUUAGCGUAGUUCAUUGGCGGGGAGAACGGAGUUUUUAAUCUAUAUUCCAAUCGGAAAAUUCAUUCGUGUUCUCCAGAGCCGAUGGUCACUACGGGAAUAGGAUCAAUCGCUUAGGUAACAAGAUCCUAAGUAUAGUAUCUAUGUUCAAGACUUCUCCAACAACAUACA